CAGUGUAUUGAAAUCACUGAGUUCCUCUAAAGCAAAAACUCGAAAGGAGGACGCGUCACCUAGGGGUCCUUCAGGGAAUGCAAAACAGUUUGGAGGAAGUUAAUUGAGCUGACCAACGGCGAUUUUCGGUUCCCCGCGCCCCCGCUCAAGGCCGGUAAAAGUUCUCAGGCUGCCGUUUGCUGUGACCACGGAUCGGUCCGGAACCUGAGCGUGGCGGAACCUUUGCCUCUGAGCUGCAGUUGCGUGGGGCGUGUCUUCGUGGCGUGGUUUCCGGUCGGCGUUCUUCCUUCUCAUGCGGCGCUGUGGGUGGCGUGGCAGUCGGCCAUGGCCCCGCGCGUCUGGCGUCGGCAGACCCUGGAGCGGUGCUUGAGAGAGGUUGGUAAAGCCACUGACCAGCCGGAGCGCUUCCUCACAAUUCAAGAUGAACUGGCAUCGAACUUUACUUCUUUGACAAAAGUACUUUAUGACUUUAAUAAAGUACUAGAGAAGGACAGGAAACAUGGAAGUCCUUUACAAAGACUGAUGAUACAUAAUUUUGAUGAUGAGCAGAUUUGGCAACAACUGGAACUGCAAAAUGAACCAAUUCUGCAGUACCUCCAGAAUGCAGUUAGUGAAACCAUUAAAGAUGAAGACAUCACUCUUCUCCCAGAAAAUGAAGAGCAGGAGUGUGAAGAGGAUGCCUUGGAGAUGGAGGCUGGUGGCCAGGAGGACCUAGAAAAAGAGUUGUCAGAGGUGGAGGAGGAGGAAGUGUCAGACUUAAGUGGUGAUGAUCUUGAAGGGGAUGAGAGAUCAAAAAACUCAAGCAAAUUGGAUCUGAGGAAAAGCCCAGAUUUCAGCGAUGAGGAUUCUGAUCUUGACUUUGAUAUUGGCAAAUUGGAACAGCAGAGCAAGGUGCAAAACAGAGUGCCUAGGAAACCCACAGAAAAAUCUGCAGUAGAUGAUAAAUUCUUCAAACUAUCUGAAAUGGAGACCUUCUUAGAAAACAUAGAAAAAGAAGAGGAACAACAAAAAGAUGAUGAUGAAGAGGAUAUUGAUUUUUUUGAAGAUGUUGAUUCUGAUGAAGGUGAAGGAGGACUGUUUAGAAGUCAAAAUCUUAAGUUAGGUAAAAGUUCCAGAAACCUGAAAUACAAAGAUUUCUUUGAUCCAGUUGAAAGUGAUGAAGACAUAGCAAGCGUUCAUGAUGAUGAACUGACUUCACAUGAAGAGGAAGAAAUUGCUGAGGAAGGAGAACAAAGCAUUUCUGAGAUGGAUGAAGAUAAUGACCUGGAGGAAAGCAGAGAUGGUAAACUACAUAAAGAAACCUUGAAAAGAGUGACUUUUGCUCUGCCAGAUGAUGAGGAACCUGAAGAUACAGAUGUCUUAAAUAUACAGAAAGACUCUGAUGAAGUCAAAUCCUCUUUUGAAAAAAGACAGGAAAAGAUGAAUGAAAAGAUUGCAUCUUUAGAAAAAGAAUUGUUGGAAAAGAAACCAUGGCAGCUUCUAGGGGAGGUGACUGCACAGAAGCGCCCUGAAAACAGCCUCUUGGAAGAGACACUGCACUUUGACCACGCUGUGCGUAUGGCACCAGUGAUCACAGAGGAGACCACUCUUCAACUAGAAGAUAUCAUUAAGCAGAGGAUAAAAGAUCAGGCUUGGGAUGAUGUCGUACGUAAAGAAAAACCUAAGGAGGAUGUAUAUGAAUAUAAAAAGCGUUUAACACUAGACCAUGAGAAGAGUAAAUUGAGCCUUGCUGAAAUUUAUGAACAGGAAUAUAUCAAACUCAACCAGCAAAAAACAGCAGAAGAAGAAAAUCCAGAGCAUGUAGAAAUUCAGAAAAUGAUGGAUUCCCUGUUCUUAAAAUUGGAUGCCCUUUCAAACUUCCACUUCAUCCCUAAACCGCCUGUUCCAGAGAUUAAAGUUGUGUCGAAUCUGCCAGCCAUCACCAUGGAGGAGGUGGCCCCAGUGAGUGUCAGCGACGCAGCCCUCCUGGCCCCAGAGGAAGUCAAGGAGAAAAAUAAAGCUGGAGAUAUAAAAACAGCUGCUGAGAAAACAGCUACAGACAAGAAGCGAGAAAGGAGGAAAAGGAAACAUCAAAAGCAUAUGAAAAUAAAGGAGAAAGAAAAGCGGAGAAGACUACUUGAGAAGAGCAAUCCAGAUCAAGCAGGGAAAUACACCAAAGCAGUAGCUUCGGAGAAGUUAAAACAGCUGACCAAAACAGGCAAAGCUUCUCUGUUAAAGGAUGAAGGUAAAGACAAAGCCUUAAAAUCAUCUCAAGCAUUCUUUUCUAAAUUACAAGAUCAAGUAAAAAUGCAGAUCAAUGAUGCAAAGAAAACAGAAAAGAAAAAGAAGAAAAAACAGGAUAUUUCGGUUCAUAAAUUAAAGCUGUAAUAUAUUUUGAAUAUAAUGUAAAUAAUUAAUGUGUAAGCUUAUGUUCUGUCAUUGUUCUGUUUUGUAAUAAAAUUUUUGAGAAUUUUUCUU